AUGGGCAACGUACCGGGAAAAUUGGAGGAUGAAAGUUCGGUGCGGGCUAAACGGUCUAUGAGUACAUCUGCAGCGCUACCGAAUCGGAGCGGGAACGGAAAUACAGGACAUCGCAAUACAAGGACCUCCUCCGUUGUGGGUACGCUCCUGAACGGCAGACGGCAUUCGGAAGCUUCCGAAGCUGCAGGAGGCGCUGAAAACCCGUAUAAACGUAAAUCAACCAAGGAAAAAGAGCGGCUCAAAGAACGGCAUGUCAAACAGCUCAUCGUCAGAUACAGCGAAACUGUGGACGGCGGGUUCUUGGCGCCGUACGGGUCCAGCAGUCUGGAAAAAGUGGACUACGACGCAACCGUGGUGAAAACGUUGAUUUUGGAGCGCCGUUUGGCGCCAUUCUACACACCGCUGCAAGACUACGACGAAUCCUGGACUCGACAAGAAUUGAUCAAAAUCGUGGACGGUUUGCCAUUGCAUGCGCCCUUCAGCGAGAACAUGGAGGCCUUCGAAGGUGUACCCGUUGGAAACUUGUCCCAAAGUGAUUUUGACCAUCUGAUAGACAAAUCGCUGUCGCGGCGCGAACAGCGUCGCAUGAGAAGUAAAAUCUUCAAUGCCAGACUUCACCUCAAAAGACUGCGUUGGCAAGAGCGGGAGAACGAAAAGUUUCUGGAGCUGAAACUGGAGGCCAGGAAACUGCCCGAGGGUCAGAAAGAGGCCUUCUUGCCCAGCGACGAUCUGAAAGCAGACCUUUACGAAAACGGUUCUGAAUGCCCUAUAUGUUUCCUAUACUACCCAAAUCCGGUAAAUCUGUCCCGGUGCUGUUUGCAGCCCAUUUGCAGCGAGUGUUUUGUGCAAAUCAAGAGACAAGAACCGCAUUUCCCACACGACUCGGAUGAGAAUGGGACCCACAAAGACGAGGACGAAAAGGAUCCGAACCUGCUCACUUCAGAACCCACCAACUGUCCCUACUGCGCAACGCCGGACUAUGGCGUGGUUUACGAGCCCAUAGCCAGCCGCAGAAUCGGACUUCACGGUUCAUCUCCUUCCACCUACGUGCAUCGGGACACAAGCGAGGCUUCGGAAGAAGCGCCCACCGAGUCGUUUGCGCGACGUGGACCGUUCGACGCAUCCGACAGCAAAGUGGUCACCUCGGACUGUUUGAGACCAACAUGGCAGAUCAAACUGAACAAAGAGCGUAUGCGUUUAGCCCGGAGAUCUGCCAACGCUACAGCGAUCCACGUGAGCAACCAGCUCGUGACGCCGGGCCAUCAAGCAUCUUCCAUGGUCAAUGCACAAACUGCUCCCCACGCCGGCCAACAGACGACAGCAAAUCUGACGCAUCAUCCACAAGUGCAUGGCACUUCGUGGCCGCACAAUGCUACUGCAGCGGAGAUUGAGAACCAAAUGAUCGAGCAGGCCAUAAGAUUGAGUUUGGCGGAGUCCAAUAACAAUAACGGCUCGAAAAGAAGCAAUUGA